AUGGCAUCGUCCUCGAACGUUCGAUCGGACUUGGAAGAACAAUUUGUAAGGGAGCUCGGAAAAGAUGCGCUGGACGAGGGCUGGCAGGAUGUCUUCCGGGCAAGCCCAGAGCUUUUCAAAGCCAGUCUCGCACUCAGAUCUGUGCCGAGAAAGAAGAGACAUCUCCCGCUCAAGGUGCAGCACCUCAUAUCAAUAGCGGUCGACAGCUCAUCGACCCACUUGUACAUGCCAGGGAUCCAAGCACACAUCAGAGAAGCCUUCAAGGAGGGUGCAACAAUGGCCGAGAUCGUGGAAGUGAUUGAACUGACGAGUACGCUGGGAAUUCAUGCUUGCAACAUCGGUGUGCCGCUGCUGGUCGAAGUCAUGAAAGAAGAAGGCAUCUACGAUUCGCACCCAACAGCUGGGAAGCCGUUUGACGAACACCGUAAAAAGUUGAGAGAGGAAUUUACACUCAAGCGCGGUUAUUGGCAUCAGUUCUGGGAAGACUUUUUGAAGCUUGACCCAGAGUUCUUCGAGGCCUAUGUGGACUUCUCAUCCAUUCCGUGGACAAAAUCUGUCGAUGGAUCUGAGAAUGGAGUGCUGGAGCCGAAGAUCAAGGAGUUGGUCUAUUGUGCCUUCGAUGCAGCAGCAACGCAUCUAUACCAACCGGGCUUGAAACUUCACAUGAAGAACGCGAUUGGAUACGGUGCAACGCCAGAAGAGAUUAUCGAGGUUCUUGAGAUCGCAAGUCUUUUGAGUCUGCACACGGCGCACGCAGCUAUUCCGCCUCUGCAUGAGAUACGCCGGCAGAUAUGA